UGGUGGAAAACACUGCCCUGCCUGAAGGAAGAGAGCCUCAUGAAUGCUGUAGAAGCCGUUGGAUGUCCGGCCAUGCUGGGAGGUUCGGGAAGCUCUUUGGUCGGGAAACACUGCCCUAAUCUAACUCAUGAAUGCUGUGAAAACUCAUAGGAAUAUCACUGUUGUUAUGGUGACUUUCUAAACUUCUCAGCAACAACAACCACCCAUUGAAAUGCAGCGUGACGUCACGCAGCCGCAUGACACAGUGCAUUCCCAUUUUCCUAUUGGCCCGUUUCCCGGCAGCAGCUGACCAAUCAGAAGUGGAGAUUGGAUGUGGGCGCCAGAGAUCAAGAACGACCGAGUGCUGGGUGACCCGAGGCUACGGAAGGGAGACACAGAGCUCAUAACUUCAGCGCCGCUCAUGUGGUCGCCAUGCUACUCGGGAAGGUAACGCUUUGGUACUUCCGCAGUCGUGUCCCGGCCUUCACCGUGGGAAACGGAAAUCGGAAAAAGUAUAUGCAACUUUUCCAGAUGAGUUAGAUCAUAGUGGCAAAAAAUCCUCAUCAAAGACUACCUUGAUGCCCCAGUCCCUCAGUAAAUCAUGGGUGCGGUGUGCUGAAGGAUUUGAUGGAUGUCAGACUGAAAAACCAUCCAGAUCAUCUGGGAGGAAAUUGCAAAAUGUUCAACUUUUAGCACACUCAAUCGUGAAUGAUGAUGAUAAAACAGAUGAAAGUCUGAAAGAUCCAGCUGAUAUAGUUUGGAGUUCAAGUGAUGAUGACCAGUCAAAUGAUGGCAACAAGAAGACAGAAUCUCAACUUGUUAUUGCAGAUAUGUCUCCACAAAGCACAAGCGGAUCACAAGAAAUAAAUUUGUCUUUUUCGAAUAUCAGAUCAAGUGGAGCUGGUGAUAACCCUCAGAUUACCGACUGGCAGGAUGACAGUGACUUGGAGUGUGGUCAUGAAGAGGGAAGUGCAUCUGAAGAGGCUAAGAGAGAAGUAGAGAUCUCAGACUCUGAGUCAGUGUCCAGUGACGUGUUUGCAUCCGAGAGACAGAGUGAUGUAGAAGAUUUGAAAGCUGUGGCUAUUAUUGAAUAUUCUUCUGAUGAUCCACCCGAUGAACAUACUGUUUCAGCUGCCAGGAUGGAUGUGUCAAUAAGUGAAGAAAAUACUAUGAACUCUAGAGGGAAAUCAGCAAGUGACUGGUUGAAAAAUGCACAGGUUCUACUCCAAACUCCAGAAAAGAAAGCAGAUGUAAACUUUAAGACUCCAGAAGACUCUGCCAAGAAGAAAAAACGUUUCCUUAGGGGAGGUCUAGCUGAGAGGCUGAAUCGUUUGCAUAACAGAGAGAGAUCUGCCAUUACUUUUUGGAGGCAUCAACGAGAAUCUGAUUGCAAAAUACCUUUAGGUGAUAAAUCAGGAACACUCAUUUUAAAUAUAUCAGAGGUGCAUGAAGAGUGCUCUAUGCUGGUUGCACUCUGUGAGCAAUUGACAGAUAUUCAGAUUGAUGGUAAUACUGGUAACACUAAGGAUAUAACAAAGCUGAAAGCUCUGUUCAGUAGACAAACGGCUGCUCAACUCAGACUGGAACCAAAUGACACCAUCUAUAUCUAUCCACCCUGGCAAAAACUUAAUUACCAGAACACAUCAAUUAUUAUAAACACACAUUUUAGUCAGAAGAUUAUGAUAAACCCUACAAAGGGCAUAGAAAAUAAAACAGACUGUCCUACCAUGAUGACUGUGAAAAAAAAGAUGAUACCUUUAUCCUUAACUUUAAAAGUGGACCUUGGCAAUCUUGGUAUUUGUUCAGACAAGCUACAGCUUUCAGGUAUCGGCAGCCAUACCCAAAGUCCUGUCAGUAUCCAAGACAAGGAAUUUAAAUCAAGCAUCACUGUAAAUGAUUCUCUUCUGGAUCUAGUGGAAACCCAGGGGGCCGCAGGUUGGAAAGAUGCCUACAUACAUGUGGUUGUUCAACGUGUAUAUCAUCUUACAUCUAAGGAUGUACCAUGUUCUCUUCUGCAGACAAAAAACAUUUUCACUAAUACUGAUCCUUCUGCAAACUCACAUUACAGGAUGGGUUUUCUCAUCCAAGAUGCUUAUGGAAUAUUCAGUGAGCUCCAAGUUCAUUUUGCAAGCACACCUAUUGAUGACAUGAAGGAAUACUGCCAAACAUUGGAAGGCAAAGCAUGCUGUCUCUUGGGAAUAAAGGUCUUGCAGAGAAUCACACGUGGAAGGGCUCCAGGCCUCUUCAGUCUUAUUGAUAGUCUGUGGCCUCCCCCGAUACCCAUAAAAAUCCAUGGACAGAGUCAAGAACAAGCACAGGUACCGGGUAACCUUCCUACUCCCAGUUUCUGUUAUGUUCUUGCUAUUCAUCAUGAGAAGGGCGGUGACAAUAUAAAGCAAACAAAUGCUAUUGCUGAUCUGUACCUACCAACUGUAAUUCACAAUCUUAAAGAAAUCCUUCAGAUGACCGCUUUGAGCCAGCGAUGCAGCUUUUGGGCAACAGUGAUAUAUGUUAAGCCUGAGAUACAAAGUAACCUUCCAAGACAGAAAGAGUUAUGGUUGUAUGUGACUGACACUACUCUUCAGGUGGCACCUGAGCCCUUUAGAAACCCUAGAGCUCUUGCGGUUUGCGUAUUGCCUUCUUGUACAUUGGACAAGACACUACAAGAAAUAUUUUCUAAGAAGUUACUUUGCAGCAUAUUUUUUAAGGAUGCAGUCAUAGAAAAUGGCGGCAUAAUUUGUGUUGAACGCACAGUUCUCUUAUUACAAAAGCCCCUUUUAUCCUGCACUUCUGGCAUCACUGAGCUGACUGGCCCUGUCAGACUAGAUGAACUGGAUUCUUCAACUGAGGCAAAUACACUGUGCACCAUGAAAGGUAUAGUUACUGGGGUGAAUGAGAAAGAAUCAUAUUCUUGGCCAGUAUGUAACCUUUGUGGAAGCAAUAAACUGCGACCAUUGACCCAAAAACGAGGCCACUUUCACUGCUGUCAGUGCAAUUCAGAUGUAAGCUCUCCAGUUAUCAGGAUGCAGCUGGAAGUAUUUCUACAAUGUCACAAAAGGCCACAAAGUAAAGUGAGAUUAAAGCUCCGUGAAGAGACCAUUUCUUCUGUUUUAGGGUCUUGCUCCAGUGAAGAUGGGCGCUAUGAGGUGAGUGCUGUCCUGGGCAAAGAGCUGGGCCUGGUUCACUGCUACGUCCAGUCUGUGUCCAGCAUGGUGAGCCUGGAGGAGAUCAGUCUUCUGCAACAUCAAUGACAAGUGGACCUUACCUGUCUUGGACUAGAAGAGACCCUCAUUUUAUGAAUGUAAAUAAAAGUCAUUUUCCAAUAUCAUUGCUUUAUGAUUGGUUUUGUUCUCCAGCUUGCUCCUUAAAAAAGCUGCUAUCCCUUUCUUAUUGAUAAAAUACAAAUUUCAACUCAGGGCUUUAAGGGGGUACUCUGGUGGAAAACUAUUUUUUUUUAUGAACUGGUGCCAGAAAGUUAAACAGAUUUGUAAAUUACUUGUAUUUAAAAAUAUUAACCCUUUCAGUACCAUUAGCAGGUGUAUACUACAGAGAAAAUUCUAUUAUUUUGAGCCCACAGUGCUCUCUGCUGACACCUCUGUCCAUGUUAGAAACUGU